UCGGCGGAAUCACGUCACGGAGUCAAGAUGGCCGCGCCCAGGGCGAUGCCGCGGACGGAGGUUUGGAGCCGCACUCGGGAAAAGCUCAGGAGCUUUCCACAUUUUAUGGCAGCGUGUGCCGCGGAGGCGUCGGCAUAUGGCAGGUGUGUGGCUGCAAAUACUCAGGGAAGCACGGACCUCAGAAAGGACGUGUGUGCAAACGAGUUUCAGGCACUUAAGAACUGCUUUACAUUAAAUGCCAAAAAAGCAAGUUAAGGACAAGUUUUGAUUUCUGCAAAGACGUUCAUCGACCACUACACAAAAAGAACAUCCCAUUAGAUGGUUGUCAAGUAAAUCUGAACAUCAAUCCCCUGUAACAGGAGAACCAUGAUCAAGAGAAGAAUGAACUGAAAAACAGAACAAUAUAUCAUUUUAUUUUCUUGGCUUGGUGCAUUUUGUGAAGAUGUUCACAUGUCAAGCAUUUUACCAGCUUGCGUCCAAUAUUUCUAGAACAGGCAUUACUGAGGACAGACAUAUCUGUUUCUGAAUCCCAAAUACUGCUUUGUACUGAGACUUCAGAUUUCCUUUUUUUUUGAAAUGUAUGAAUGAAAAUUAUAUAGAUUGUUUUUUUUGUGUUGUUUGACAAGUUUUUUGCUUAAAUGUUUCCAUAUUUUGUCUAAUUAAAUAAUAAAUGUUGUCUUGUGAUACAUCUAAGUGAAAUAAAAUGUUUUCAGAAUAUUUCAUACAAGUCACAUUAUCCGUAUUUCCACAACAGGAUUAAUCAAAGAACUCAAAAUCUGUACCCCUUUUUACAGUACAUGCUUCUGCAUUAAUUUCUGUAAACACAACUGUUGUUCAAAUUUUGUUCAUGCAUGUUGAACACUGUACAUCCAUUCCAUAAGCAAGGAACAGUCGUGUUGUCAUUAUGUUACUGAACUAGUAAUACAGAAGUCUGGACUACUAAUAUAAAUGUGAGUUCAAAUCUCACUAUGGCUGAUAGGCAAUUUCAAUGCAGUUAAUAAUUAAAUGCAGAAUUUGUAUUAAUGACAGUUUUAGUAAUAGUACCAACCAUAACUGUCACAUUUUUUAAUUGAAAAGUUAGUUUAAUAUCCUUGAAAUAGCAAGGCGUCAGAGAUAACCUAGUGUGGGGCUGGAUGAACACAGCAGGCCAGGUAGCAUCAGAGGAGCAGGAAAGUUGAUGUUUCGAGUCAGGACCCUUCUUCAGAAAUGGGAAGCCGGGAGGGGAGUUCUUCCCCAACAAAAAUAAAGACAGAAUCCCCAUUGUUCUCCCAGGGCUUAGAUUAGUUCACAGGUCGGCGCAACAUCGAGGGCCGAAGGGCCUGUUCUGCGCUGUAUUGUUCUAUGUGCUAUGUUCUUUAUCACCCCAACCCACCAACAUAUCAUUCUCAGUCACUUCUGCCACCGACAAUCUGACCCCACAACCAAAGAUAUAUUUCCCUCCCCACCCUUAUCGACCUCUCUUAGGGACCGCUCUCUCCUCAAAUCCCUUGCCCAUCCCACCACCCCUGGCACCUUUCCCUGCAACUGCAGGAAGUGCUAUACCUCACCUCCAUCCAAGGCACAAAACAAACCUUCCACAUCAGACUCUCGUUCACCUGCACAUCUGUCAAUGUGGUUAUUGCAUCCACUGUUCCUGAUACGGUCUCCUCGACACUGGUGAGACCAAGUGGAGACCGUUUUGUAGAGCAUCUGCACUCUACGCGACAAAUGACAACACCUUCUGGUCGUGAAACAUUUCAACUCUCCCUCCCGCUCCCUGGGUGACAUGUCCAUCCUGAGCUUCCUCCAGUAUCACAAUGGCGCCACCCGGAAACUGGAGGAGCAGCACCUCAUAUUCCGCCUUCGGAACCCACAGCCCAAAGGCCUAAAUGUGGAUUUUACCAGUUUCAAAUUCUCCCCACCCCCAGUCUCAUCCCAUGACCAACCCUCACAUCUCCUUGAUCUGACACAACCUGUUCAUCUUCUCUCCCACAUAUCCACCCCCCCCAAAAUCAGUGACCAAUCUCCACCACUCCCUAUCUGCACUCACCAAUCACCAUCCACCCACCUUCCCCAGCCCCAUCCCUCCUCUAUUUAUUUCUGAGCUCCCUACCCCCUCCCCAUUUCUGAAGAAGGGUCCUGACCCGAAAUGUCAGCUUUCCUGCACCUCUGAUGCUGCCUAACCUGCUGAGUUCCUCUAGCUCUACACUGUAUUUUGUUAAUAUCCUUGCCAAGAUGAGGUAUUUCAUCACUGUGUGUUUGCAAUGUAAUGAAAUAGGCUGUUCAGUUAAGGAUGAUAGGGACGCACAAUAAAUGCUACCAUCACCACCAAUGUCUAUGUCCCCAAAUGAUUUAUUAUAAGAGGUAUAGAUUGCUGAAAAAUCCAAUUUGAAAAUUAUACUAAUUUCAACCCUGUGUAUCUAAAUAAUUUUCUGAUAGUGACUCACACCAACAGCCGGAUUUUUGUUAUUGACACCUUUGUCACAUUUUACUGAUCUA